AUGGUGAGUGUGAUGGAAGAGACGACCAAGAAGAUGCUGACGGAGUGGAGCGAGCGGCUCGCCCGCGGCCAACGUGAGAUAGAUGUGGAGAAGGAUGUGACCAAGAAUGCGGCAGAAAUCAUAGCCAAGACCAGCUUCGGCAUCAGCGAGGGGAAUGGGGAGAAGGUGUUCGGGAAGCUGCAGCUCAUGCAGAAGAUGCUGUUCCAGACGAACCGGCCGGUAGGUGUCCCUUUCGGCAAGCUGAUGUUCGCUAAGAGAUCGUACGGGGCGUGGAAGCUUGGGAAGGAGAUCGACCAGCUUCUCUACGCCGUCAUCACCUCGAGGAAAGAGGAGGAGGGCGAUGGCAAGACGACGCCGAAGCAGGACCUCCUGGGGCUCCUCCUCGCGGGGAACCGGGAGAACGCGCAGGGUGGGGGGAGGAAGCUGACGGCUCGAGAGCUUGUGGACGAGUGCAAGACGUUCUUCUUCGGCGGCCAUGAGACCACUGCGAUUGCGCUCUCGUGGGCCUUGUUCUUGCUGGCUCUGCACCCCGAAUGGCAAUCAGCUCUCAGGGAGGAAGUCGUGCAAGUCUCCGGAGGAAGGCCUCUCGACUCCACCAUGCUCUCAAAACUGACCAAGAUGGGGUGGGUGUGGAACGAGGUGCUGCGACUGUACCCGCCGUCUCCCAACGCCCAAAGACAGGCGAGAGACGACAUCCAAGUAGGAGACACCAUGGUCAUCCCCAAGGGCACCAACAUGUGGAUCGACCUCGUGGGUAUGCACCACGACCCGGCUCUCUGGGGCGACGACGUGAACGAGUUCAACCCGGAGCGCUUCAGGGAGGAUCUCCACGGCGGGUGCAGGCACCGGAUGGGCUUCCUGCCCUUCGGCCUCGGGGAGAGGAUCUGCGUGGGGAGAAACCUCACCGCCAUGGAGUUCAAGAUCGUGCUCAGCCUCAUCCUCCGCAGCUUCUCCUGGUCUCUCUCGCCAGCCUACGCCCACUCGCCCAAGGUCAUGCUGACGCUGAGGCCUUCCCAUGGCGUUCAUCUCAUCCUUCACCCAUUUCCAUGAUGGAGGAGUUCAUGUCCGUGUAAACCUAAGUGUGUGAUUCACAUAUGGUUACCUUCUCUUGUUGAGUG